CAGGUGAGCGCGUCCCACCAGCACUUCCACCCCCACUCCAUAAAGAUCCCUGGUGACAUCACGCUGGGUGGCCUGUUCCCCAUCCACUCCCGGGGGCCCCACGGUUUGCCCUGCGGCGAGCUGAAGAAGGAGAAGGGGAUCCACCGCAUGGAGGCCAUGUUGUACGCUCUGGACCAGAUCAACAGCGACCCCGAGCUGCUGCCAAACAUCACGCUGGGCGCUCGCAUCCUGGACACCUGCUCCAGAGACACCUACGCUCUGGAGCAGUCGCUCACCUUCGUCCAGGCGCUGAUCCAGAAAGACACGUCCGACAUCCGCUGCUCCAACGGAGAGCCGCCCCUCAUCCGCAAACCUGAGCGUGUGGUGGGAGUGAUCGGAGCCUCGGCCAGCUCCGUGUCCAUCAUGGUGGCCAACAUCCUGCGACUGUUUGAGAUCCCUCAGGUGAGCUACGCGUCCACGGCUCCGGAGCUGAGCGAUAACAACCGCUAUGACUUCUUCUCUCGGGUGGUUCCUCCGGACUCGUACCAGGCUCAGGCCAUGCUGGACAUCGUCAAAGCUAUGGGCUGGAACUAUGUGUCCACGCUGGCCUCGGAGGGAAACUAUGGAGAAAGCGGAGUGGACGCCUUCAUGCAGAUCUCCAGAGAGGCUGGUGGGGUGUGUAUCGCUCAGUCAGUGAAGAUUCCUCGCGAGCCAUCAGACGGAGAAUUCGAUAAGAUCAUCAAACGUCUGAUGGAGACGAGUAACGCCAGAGGAGUGAUUAUCUUCGCCAACGAGGACGACAUCAAGCGGGUCCUCGAGGCGGCUCAACGCGCCAACUUGACUGGCCACUUCCUGUUCGUGGGGUCAGACAGCUGGGGGGCAAAGAGUUCACCAAUUGCAGACCUGGAGGAAGUAGCUGAGGGCGCCGUCACCAUCCUCCCCAAACGGGCGUGCAUUGACGGUUUCGAUCAGUACUUCACGUCUCGUUCUCUGGAGAACAAUCGGAGGAACAUCUGGUUCGCUGAGUUCUGGGAGGACGACUUUAGGUGUAAACUGACUCGACCUGGAAUCAAACUGGACCCCGACAAGAAAAAAUGCACAGGUGAGGAGAGGAUCGCUCGGGACUCAUCAUACGAGCAGGAGGGGAAGGUGCAGUUCGUGAUCGAUGCGGUGUACUCGGUGGCGUACGCGCUGCACAGCAUGCACCAGGAUCUGUGUCCUGGCAGCUCCGGAGUCUGCGGCAACAUGGACCCUGUGGAGGGACGCCUGCUGCUCGACUACAUCCGAGCCGUCAACUUCAACGGAAGUGCAGGCACCAGCGUUUUGUUCAAUGAGAACGGAGACGCGCCCGGUCGCUACGACAUCUUCCAGUUCCAGAUGACCAAUCACACCAACCCUGGUUACCAUGUCAUCGGCCAGUGGACCAAUAACCUGCGACUCAACCUGGAGGAGAUGCAGUGGUCUGGAGGAGAUAAAUCAGUUCCUGAGUCCAUCUGUAGUUUUCCGUGUAACCCAGGCGAGAGGAAGAAGAUGGUGAAGGGCGUCCCGUGCUGCUGGCACUGUGAGCUCUGUGACGGGUAUCUGUACCAGCUGGAUGAGUUUAACUGUGAGAGCUGUCCGUUGGACAUGCGGCCCGUUCCAAACAGGACCUCCUGUCGUCCGACUCCCAUCAUCAAACUGGAGUGGAACUCCCCCUGGGCCCUCGUGCCCGCCUCCCUGGCCACACUCGGUAUCCUAGCAACCAGUGGCGUGGUCAUCACCUUCAUCCGUUUUAAUGACACGCCCAUCGUUAGAGCGUCAGGAAGAGAGCUCAGCUACGUACUACUAGCAGGUAUCUUUCUGAUCUACCUGAUAACCUUCCUGAUGAUAGCGGAGCCAGAUACGGUGGCUUGUGCGUUCCGGCGCCUCCUGCUGGGCCUCGGCAUGGCCAUCACCUACUCAGCCAUGUUAACCAAAACCAACCGCAUCUACCGCAUCUUCGAACAGGGCAAGAAGUCGGUGACCCCGCCCAAAUUCAUCAGUCCCUCCUCCCAGCUGGCAAUCACCUUCAUCCUCAUCUCCGUCCAGGUCCUGGGUGUGUUUGUGUGGUUCGCUGUCGUCCCGCCUCACACCAUCAUCGAUUACGAGGAGCUCCGCCCCCCGAACCCUGAUCAGGCCAGAGGAAUCCUGAAGUGUGACAUGUCGGACCUGUCAAUCAUCUGCUGCCUCAGCUACAGCAUCGUGCUCAUGGUAACAUGUACAGUGUAUGCAGUGAAAAGUCGGGGUGUCCCGGAGACGUUUAAUGAAGCGAAACCAAUCGGCUUCACCAUGUACACCACCUGCAUCGUCUGGCUCGCAUUCGUACCAAUCUUCUUUGGUACCGCCCAGUCCACCGAGAAGCUGUUUAUCCAGACUGCCACUCUGACUGUGUCCAUGUCCCUCAGUGCAUCCGUCUCUCUCGGGAUGCUCUACAUGCCGAAGGUUUACGUCAUCAUUUUCCACCCCGAACAAAAUGUCCAAAAGAGGAAGAGAAGCUUCAAGGCGGUUGCCCAGGUUGCUCGGUUGUCCCAGAAAUCUGUAAGUGAGAAACAGAACGGAGAGACGAAGAUAGAACCCGACAGAUCUCAGUAA